UCUCCGCGCCGGUUGGUUCUCGUUCGUUCUCGUUCGGUCGUGCGCGUGUCUUGUUUCGCCGCGAGUCCCAAGUUUACCCCAAACCGUCGAACGAUGUUCGCGACGUGAAUCUCGCCGCGAGAGACAGGAAGUGUUUUUUUUCUCUCAUAUUAAUAAAAUUGUAACUGUUUAAUUGCCUCGCGCGCGCGCGCGCGAUCAUCUAUAAGGAUGCGGCGCGUCACGAUACUGCCGUUGUCCCUGCUGCUCUGUAUAUCACUCGUUUAUGGGCAGGAUGGCGAUCUUUACUUUUCGGUGAGUCCUGCGGAACAUUCGGUUGUCGAAGGAUCUCCGGUUCGUUUGAGAUGCGAGGCUCAACCCAGCUCCCAUGUUAAAUACUCGUGGAAAAUGGACGGACAAUCGCUUGCUCCGAGUCCGCGGAGGCAUCAGGUCGAAGGUGAUCUUUACAUCACCAGGGUCAGUCGGAUUUUGGACAGUGGAAGUUUUGUUUGUGUGGCUACACACGAGCAAACCGGUUACUCGAUUGAGAGUUCACCCGCCAAGAUCGACGUUCAAUGGGUCAGCGAGGCGAGCGUGCAGCUGCAGCAGCCGAAAUUGCCAUCCGCGAUCCGCGUGGGCAGCGAGAUCGAGCUUCGAUGUCACGUCGACGGUUCCGGCGAGAUGAGAUACGAGUGGUUCAAAAAUACAGUGAGUGUGGCACGAAGUGAUCGCGUCGACAUCAAGAAGAAGAAGCUGCAUAUACAUAGAGCGAUCGCCGAGGACAGCGGGAUGUACACUUGUCUGGCCAAAAACGAGGCGGGCUCCUCGCCGAUGACGGAAAGUUACCCGUUAAUCGUUUCCGGAAAUGAGACUGCAACCAUCAAGGUCGUUCCGAGAAAUCUGAUUGCCAAGCGCGGCGAGCAGGCCACGUUACACUGCGUCUUCGAGGACGCCGACGAGGUGCAGUGGUUCUUCAAGGAAAUCGGUCCGCUGGAAUCCGAUGAGGAGCGGACGAUUCUCGAGAACGGCACUCUCAUCAUACACGCUGCCGAUCAAAGGGACCAGGGAUUUUACUCCUGCCACGGAACAAGGGACGAGAUUACAGUCAGUUACACGGUCGAAUUACAAAUUGCCUAUUUACUAAACUUUUCAAUGGCCGCCUUCGAACCGAAACGUCCAACUCAAUUGGCAAUUGUUGGCGAGGAACAAGAAUUCCAAAUAAGUUGUCUGGAACCACUAGGGGUUCCGCCGCCUAAAGUUUAUUGGAAGGAUCCCACAGGACAUAUAAUAAGCGACACCGGCUCUGUACGUGUACAAGACAACACGCUCAUCAUCGCAAAGGCAGAAAUGGGCAAGGACGACGGCAAUUAUACUUGUGUGGCCGAGAAUCUCGCUGGCGAAACGGAUAUAUCCGUCCAAAUAGUGAUAUCCACCCCGCCGAAUAUCGAAAGUUCCCCAGAAUCGCUCAGCGUGAUGGAAGGUGAUUCCGUGACAUUAACUUGUUCUUACUCCGGCAUGGAACCGCCUGUAACGCAUGUGCACUGGUUGAAAGACGGGACGCAGCUAAGGGAAUCGGGCGGGCCGACUAGAUACCGCGUGACUGAUAAUCACGGCAAUGUUACAUUGCACUUCAAGACUGUUGAUCUUUCCGAUAGGGGACACUAUAUGUGUCAAGUAUUCACCACGGGAUUCCCGUCCCUGUUUUCGUCUCCGGCCGUUCUCACAGUCGAGGAGAAGCUCAAGUUCUCGCCCCAGCCUGUCAAUAAACGCCUAGAAUUCGGUUCUACGGUGAAGGUAUCGUGCAAGGCCCAGGGUGCCACGACUCCCACGGUGAAGUGGGUCAAGGAGGGCGAGGACGAGGAAUUCCCCAAACACGUGCAGGAUAUCAAUGGCACUCUGCACUUCAACAACGUUCUGAUGGAGGACAAGGGUCGAUACACUUGCAUCGCGAGUAACACUCAGGGAUCCAUCAAUCACACCAUUACCAUCGAUGUAGUUAUCGCACCAAAGUUCACGAUGCUACCGCAAAAUCCAACAGAAGCAAUCGAGGGAUAUCCAGUAAUGAUACAUUGUGCUGCCGAGGGUGAUCCCAAACCGACCAUUCAGUGGGAUAGAGAUUCCCGUAUGAAUAAUAUAGAUAAUCCUCGUUCCCAAGUAUUCAGUAACGGAAGUUUGUACAUUAAGGAAGUAUAUCUUAGUGAUGAAGGAAAAUACGGAUGUACUGCCGGGAAUAGCGGUGGGCUGAAGCGGGAGGAGGUUCAAUUAAUUGUGAAAGCUGGAGAUAAUUAUAGAGCUGAUAUGGAUUUGGAAGUUAGCGAUGAUGGUUCGAUGAUGACGAAGACGGUAAUAAUCACUCUUAGUGCAGCCGCAGCGUAUAUGGUACUCGUCAUUGGUCUCAUGUUAUAUUGCCGUUAUCGACGUCGCCGCAGGAAGCAACAAUACUUGCAAGAGCAAACCGAAGACAAAAUGGAGAAUGGUGAAAUACCGGAGGAACAAACGGAAUUGAAAGAAACCGGUAAUAAAGCUAAUUCGACGAGUAAGAAGAAGGAGAAUCGCGAUUCUCACAAGAGUGACGGCGCGGAUACAGCCCAGAGCCAAAGUAGUAACCAGUCUAAGAAAUCCAAGUCAAAUUAUGACAAAAUUGCCGCUUCGCGAAGCAAUCUGAAAGAAUUGAAACCUCUUGGGCGAGGUGAAUUCGGCGAGAUUUACGCUACGAAAUAUCAGAUCGAUGGCGACAAGGAGUCCUUGGUUAUGGUCAAAAGUCUCAUAAACACUAAAGAUGAAACUUCUCUUCAAGAAUUUAAACGGCAACUGGAUCUUCUCCAUAAGCUUAAUCAUGAGAAUGUCGUGAAAUUAAUCGGUCUGUGUCGAGAAGAGGAACCCGAUUACAUGAUUCUUGAAUACACUGACUGGGGUGACCUGAAGCAGUUCUUGAUUGCCUCGCGAAAAGACAGUAAUCCAAGUCCGACGCAUGAAACGAAACCGCCGCGCGCGCCUCAGUUGUCUGUGGCACAGAUACUGUCGCUGUCGAACCAGGCUGCAAAGGGCCUGAAACACCUAGCCGAUAACCGACUAGUCCACAAAGACAUAGCCGCGCGUAAUUGCCUGAUCGCCAGCAAUCUGACGAUCAAAAUCUCGUUGCCGUGCAUGACCAAAGAGCCGUAUCAACAGGAAUACACGAAGCAUCGAAACCAGGUGAUUCCGCUGAGAUGGUUGCCUUACGAGGCCGUGUAUGAAGACGAAUAUUCCACCAAGAGCGACGUGUAUUCGUUCUCCUGCCUGGUCUGGGAGAUGUUCCACCAAGGUGAAUUGCCAUUCAACAAGAUGAACGACGAGUCCGUGCUGAGUCAACUUAAGACGCAAUCACUCACAUGGAAACCGCACAAAGCGGCACCGCCGGCUCUUCAGGAACUACAAACGCAAUGUUGGGCGAACGAUCCGCGCGAGAGACUCACCUUCGACGAGGUUGUCUCGAAAAUAGGAGAAAUUGUAGUCGACAGCUGCCUGUAGUCAGGAAACAUGGCUGUUGAAUUAUGAAGCGAGGCUCUAAAUAUCCGAAAUACUGCAAUAGGGGUAAUGAUUGUGCGGAGCUGUAUGUUGAGAGGUAAGGCUGAUGAGCGCCGAUGAUUUACGCGGCGGUGACCUAUUCCGAGCGAGGAGAGGAAACCCGAAAAUGCCGCGGCUUCGCGCGCACGCGAAAAUAAUUAACCGGCUUUCAUAUUAAACGCUUCGUAUCAAUUAUAUACACGUAUAAUGGAUCGUAGGGGGAGUCCAUCCUUCUUUUGUAAAUGGAAAAUGCUUGCUCAUUAAUCAUUGAACGCGCGAGAAUUAAGUGUUUCAAUGACGUCGUCGAUACGUCCGAUACGCGUGAACCGUGAUGUAUAGACCUAACGCGGAACUCAAUUCGCACAUCUCGUACGAUUUUACGAUACACUUCGUUACAUAUGUGAUCGAGUGAGUAGCAUCUCUCUAUUAUACGAGAAAUUUUGAUAUAUUUUAUAUAUAUAUAAUAUGGAGCUCUUGCGCAUAAAGGGCUUCGCGCAGAGAUUCAUUUAUUAUCAUUGUAUUUUAAGCAUUUUUAGAUUUUGCUACCUUGUUACACGAACGUUUUGCGAAAUCGCAAUGAUCGAGCAAUCUCCGUCUUAUAUCGUGAUUCUUGAACGGGGUAUCUCGAUCUCUUCUCUCUAUCGUUUCCACAUUAUAUAUUACGUAUCGGAUAUUAUAUAUUACGUAUUAGGUAUUAUUAUAUAGUAAAAUCAUUGGUUCCACAAUAAUUAUUCAUAUUACAGUAUUUUAUAUCAUGUCCACACCACUAGCUCGAUAAGGGAAUAAUAUUUAUUUCGAAUAACGUCUCUCCGCUGCAUUGACUGUUGUAACGUCGGACUAAGUAACGAAUCUGUAUGGGCCCAUUACACGUUAUUACGCAAUUAAUGCAAUACUUAUAUAGUAUACAGUAUCGAUAUAAUUAAUAGAUAUAUGAUCACCACACAUCGAAUACUCGUAAGGUAUGUUAAUCGUUAGCCGUAGUCGGGAGCUGAUUACGCGGGAACAUUUUGCUCGAGAUUACGCGGAUGUUCUCGAUUAAACGUCAGUGAUCGGACUCGGCAUUGCAACGACACGCAUAUUAAGAAAGUAUCACGACCAUAUCAAAUGACGAAGGAAAUCUUAUCUCCGCCUACAUACUUUUACACGCGCUACUCCGUUAAGACACACAUAUAAAACUUAAGGAUUAUUUAUAAUAUAUACAUAUAUAUAUAUAUAUACAUAUAUAUAUAUAAAUAUAUUUAUGUGUGAUAAGGACGUAAUCGACCAUUCAUAUUUGACAAAACAAGACGGCCUUGUAUAUACCGAUGGUAUACGCGUAAGUUCUCUUUAAGCGCGAAAGACUAGCAUGAAUUAUCGUGUUAAUUUUUACUUAAUAAUGCGAUCAUUCGAAUCCCCGAAUGAUUUUUUUUAUUGCCGGAAGAAAUUUCGUCGUGUUGGUACAUCAGAGAAAUGAAAGGAUCACGAGGCUGGAUGCUGGAGCGCGCGAGGAAAUGAUAACGAUACAAGAUAUAAAGAAUGAUAUUCGAAAAAACUUAUUUUUACAUACGAAAAAUUUUAGAAUCGAUCAGACCAGGCGAAUUGUCGCUCGCGAUAUUUUUGUGCAUCCAAGAGAUUUAUUACGGUUUGAUAAAUGGCGCGAACAAUCUACAAUGCAACGGUCCAAUAAGAGGAAUAUACCGAGUAUAUAAAUAUAUUCAACCCUCCGUAUUAUCCGAUUUGUACAACGAAAAGCAACGUUCGUAUUUUAACGAUAAGUUGUAUAACAUAUUGUUCUCUAUAUUUCUGCAUUUAUUUCUACUGUGCUGUAAUAAUACUUACACGAGAUUAUGAGAUACGCAUAAUGAUUGCUUCUUCCAUUCUAUACAAGACUUAGAUCGAUAGUUCGAAAGCCAGAUUUGAAGGGUACAAAGGAAAAAAAUUACCGAUAAAGAUAACAUCUUUUAAUUGUGCAGGAUUGACAGCGACAGAAGUGCUCGUAACGAGAAAGAAUUGAUGUGCGACUAUUAGUAUUACGAUUCUAAUACUUGUCGAAGAAUUAAAAUAGAGUCAUGCAGAAGAAACGUGGUAGCAUUAGUUCGGCUUUGUUUAUCAAUUGGAAAUGCGAUUGAUAAAUUAUCACGAUUAUCGUAUAGUUUCACGUACGGAUGAGAUAUGUAUGAGAUCGUUUUUGACAGAAAAAAAACGAUUGGCAUAGCUUUUCCGAUGUCAAUGACAUGUUUUUCUUUUUAAUAGAUGUGCAGAGAGUAAAUCAUCUUCAUCAAAAAGUAACAAUUAGAUUGUGAAAAAAAUAUUAUGAAAAAAGCAUAUACAUGAAAUGUCAUUUUUGACAAGCUGUUUAAAAAUUCUUUCGAAAAAAUUUUUUUCAGAAAUUAAACUUUUAACAACUCUAAGCGAAUCGUCGGCUUUAUGCAUAUUGAUAAAUAUAUGAUGUACUCUAUAAGCAUAUAUAGAUAUACGAAACACUGCCAAUGAGAAAUACGCGAUUGUUCUCUAAAUCUAAAGCACCUCGUCAUACCGAGCAUAACAAAUCACGAAGACAUGUUACUUGCAUGAAAGCAUCGUCGUGUCUUCAUGGAUACUCAAUUAAGAAUAUGUAAAAGCACGAAUAAUCCUUCGAGUAUCAACGAAUUAUCAGAACUCGUGGCGUCUCUACGAGCAAAUUUUAUGCUUCCUAAAUGUUUGCUAUAUACAUCAGAAAAUAUUCUUGUGAUCAGUGAUGGUGAGCGUACUUAAAGUAAGUAGUAUUGUGCUUUGUAGUUGUGUGCUUUUUUAGAUUUGAUUUGAUCAACAAAAUUCGCGAUGAACAUGUAGGAAGAAUUAAAAAAUAUUUGGAUAGAAAGCUGAUAGAAAUAGUUUAUCGAAAAGACAACGUAUUUAAAAAUUUCUACAAUUAAAAUAAUUCAGCAUUUUUACAUCGAACAAUAAUUUUUAUCACACGUUCUGAAUGAAAAAUAAUCAAGUAUAUACAAGAGAUAUUCUCUGGGUAAAAUACUCAUAUUUAAGUACGAUCUCUAUCAGUGCUUGUAACAUAUUAGCUAUGCUAGGAAUAUACCUUGCAGCGAUCUAGCUCGUACUACGAGUACGUAAAGUUAAGGCCAAUUAUCCAAGUCCUGUGUGCUCAUAUCAUUCGCUCAGAUAUUCUCUUCAUCGUGAACGACCAUCACUGCCAUAACGAAAGACAAGCAAGCUACAGCGAUUAGCUGUGCCGAUGAGUUUGAUAAAAACUACCAAUUAUGUCCAAUGUGUCUAGUCAUAUACGAUGACAGAAUGAACAGCGUACGAAAAGCUCAUUUGAAUGACGUUCUUAUCCUUAAGCGUUCCAAAUCGAUUUCAUUUUUACAGUAUUUUGUAAAUAUUUGUACUUUUUUAUCUAUAGCGACACAAUACAUCGUACUUAUGAAUUUUUGGAAUAGUAUGUGCUACGAUAUUAAAUAAAGAUGAAAAAAAAAAUACUUAUA